AAAGAAACAAGAACACUUGUCCGAGAUGGCCUCCCGAUGUGUGGCCUUGCAGGCAUCAGUCAGGCCCAUUCAGCUUGCGUCCCGUUCUCUCAAUAAGACAGGCCGAGUUGCCUGGGCUGGAAGGAGUACCAAGCUUGCUGUGCCGGUGUCCUCCAGAAAGCAGCCUCUGUGUGUAGCCAGCAUUGAUGAAGCAGCAGAGGCAACACAGCCACCAGCAGAGGAGGUUGUGUCCGCAGAGCCUACAGCUGAGUCAGCCAGUGAGGCAUCACAGGUUUCAGCCCCAGCGGAGAGCACUCUUCCAAACCCUGCUUCGUAUGCGCUGAACUUCUUGUGGCUGGAGAAAAACAUCGCGGUGUCAGCGGAUCAGGUCUUUGGAGAGUUCGCUACAACUGUCAAUAUCGUGCGUCAAGAGGGAUUCUUUGCGCUGUACAGUGGACUGACUCCCGCUAUUUCGAGGGGUCUAUUCUACGGAGGUGCCCGAUUGGGCACAUACGGUCCCAUUAAAACAGCACUAGGAGGCGACGAAACCAACAACAGUGUGUUGCGCAACAUACUGGCAGGCUGCUUGAGCGGCUCCUUUGCAGCGGCGGCGACGAAUCCCAUCGAUCUUAUUAAGACCAGGCUGCAGGCCAGGGACUCCCCCUUCAAGAAUGGGGCGGCGGUGGUGCGGCACGUGGUGAAGGAGCAGGGCGUAUCAGGGCUGUGGACUGGGACUACGCCUUCAGUGAUCCGCGCUGCUGCGCUCACUGCGACCCAGUGCGCUUCCUAUGAUCUGGCAAAGCAGUGGUGGAUGCGCCAGACAGGGAUGAGCGACAAUGUCGGCACGCACUUUGGAGCUAGCAUGCUCACUGGGCUGGCGACAACCACAAUCACAGCUCCUGUAGAUCUUGUCAAGACAAACAUGUUUGUCGGCGGCAAGAGGUAUACAUCGGUGCUGCACUGCGCGUCCACUAUUGUGAAGGAGGACGGACCCAUGGGCCUCUUGAAAGGGUGGACGGCACAGUACAUCAGGCUGGGCCCCCAAACAAUGGUGAUCUUUGUGGUCAUGGAACAGCUCAGGAGAGCCUCAGGCUUGUCGUCUCUCUGA